ACGUUUUCUAACCUGAAUCAAUCUAGUUGAAAUUUACUCGCAUUUCUUAUUUUCGUGCAUUUACACGUGUGAGAUAUGUUUAUAUUGUAAUAUUGUUAUUAACGUGAUACAUUAUUAAAUUGGAGUGAAAAAUGCUGAAUUUUUCUCAAACAGAUUAUAGAUUGUCUCAAUAACCAAAUACUAAAUUAUGAAGGAACUCACAACAAAACAAUUACAGAGAUUGGAAAAGAAGAAAGCAAAGAUGGCAGCGUUUUUAGAAAUCGCAAAACUCAAUGAUAAAGACAAGGAAGCAAAAUUACAAGUUUUGAAACAGACAUCAACCACUAUUGAUAGGAUUAGCAAUCCAAAUAAUAAUAAUAUCAUGGGAGAAAAUUCUAAUCAUAAACGGUUUUAUAAAGAUUUAGAUAAUACAUUCUCAGAAACUUAUGAGGAAAAGAAAGAUUGUUGUGAAUCAGAGCCACAGGCUAACAAUAAAAAGCCUAGAUUAAGCAAUUGCGACGAAUAUAUAAAACUAAAGCAAGAACUUAGAAAACGUAAAAAAAAACUUCAAGCAAUUCCAAGGAUUAUCCUUAAAACAGUCGGUGAGAAUGCUACUCUAGACAUUGAAAAUAUGAAGAAGAGAAUACCAAUAUUUCUCAGCGAUGUACAACAUCUUCUGCUAUAUUCGUUGCUUGGACAUCAUUCUCCCUACCUACCAGCCAGAUGGUGCCAGCUUGAAAAAUAUAACAAAGUAACCCACACUGUAGUUUUUGUGGUUGAAGGUUUGUCUUCAUACCAUUUCAUGUCUUAUGAAAGCAUGUUUCCACACAUAGUAAAUAACUUGAAGUAUCGUUUAGAGGUAAUAACACCUGCUGUUUACGGAGCAUCCAUAAUAGAGGAACUCGCGGCUGUUCCUUUAACAGGAACUCAAAGUGAUAAAUUAAUAAGACAACAUGGCUCUGUGGAAACUGCUUUGCAAACAAAUGGAAAUGUCAUAAAAUUGCUGAGAAGCGUUUUCCCAAUGCAUUCGGCAAAUAGCGAUGUGAAGAAUGCACUUGAACACAAUAUAGGUUUACCAUCUACUGAUAAAUUUUGUAGAACAAAGCUGCUCUUGUCAUUAUCACAGAUGGUGGAAGAAAAUUAUCCUGUACCUUUGAAAGGAACAUUAGCAGAAAAAUAUGGUUCAUAUCUAUUGACAAAAGAUGUUUAUGAGGAGGCUACAGCAACAUCGCCAAUGUUCGGUUUAGAUUGCGAAAUGUGUCUGACAACAAGCGGUAAUCUGGAACUCACUAGAAUCACCAUCGUGAAUGAAAGUAUGACAGUUAUUUAUGAGAGUUUUGUGAAACCGGAAAACAUGAUAACGAAUUAUUUAACUCGGUACAGCGGUAUUACCGAAGAGAAGUUGAACAAUGUCACAGUUACAUUGCACAAUGUUCAGCAAAGAUUGAGAACGUUACUUCCUGCGGAUGCGAUUCUUGUAGGACAAAGCUUGAAUUCUGAUUUGCACACGUUAAAAAUGAUGCAUCCUUACAUCAUUGAUACUUCUGUAAUAUUCAAUCUCACAGGAGACAGGUAUAGGAAAACUAAAUUGCAGAUUUUGGCGCGCGACUUUCUUGGAGAAAUUAUCCAAGAUAGUAAAGCUGGACAUUGUUCGGCAGAGGAUUCGAUAGCUUCUAUGAAAUUGGUCCAGUUAAAAUUAGCGAAUAGUGUCGAUUACGGGGACGCCGUGUUGCUCGGUAAUCGCAAUAUGAGGAUGGAAGAAGAAACGGAUAAGGAGAAAUCGCAACGGACAUUGCAGAAAACGGAAAUGAAAAAAUACGCCACGUCGAUAUUUAAUCAUAUAACGAAAAAUAAAAACACCGCCGCCAUCAUAGGUAGCUAUGAAAUAAUGUCGGAGUAUUCCAAGUAUCUGAAUUCAUCUCUUAAUAUUAUGGACGAUAAAAAUUUCACAAAGAAUGAUCAAGUACGUCUCGUAAUAGCGGAUAACGAUAAAAACGCAGUUGAUCGAACCACAGAAAUUGCAAUGGAACACUCUUUCGUAUUAUGUCAUGUGAGAAUUAAAGAAGAACAAUUGAAAGACGAGCAGAUAAAUAAAACGUUGCACACUGUGAAUAAAUGGAGCCGCAAGCUUUGGCAGCAUAAUGCGAUAAACAGCCUUGCAUGCGUGAUAUUUGGUGGACAGAAUAAUGCUGCGAACGGUGCCUGUUUCUUGAAUAUCAAAACAGAAGUGUCACCAGAUCUUGUUAUACGAGCUUAGAAAACUCAACGAUUCGUUGCUCUGGAUCUAUUUCGAUUAUUAAAUAACCUAUGAAAACGAAAAAGAAACUGAUCUUAUCAAUAUGGAAUACAAAAGUGCAAAGAAAUCCGUUCAUAGCUAUGUAUCAGUUCGGAUACAAUUGUACAAAUAAGUAUUGUUGAUAGCUAUUUUAUAUUCUUGAUCUUUUUUGUAUUAUGUAUUUUGUUUGGUAAAAAAAUUAUCAAAUU